AUGCGCACUAACAUUGCAGCUCUACUCUCCCUCCCUCUUCUCGCCGCUCACGCGCGUCAUGGACAAGGUGGCCAAGGUCUGACCCACGGUCAUGGAGUUCAUCAUCGCGCACUCGAGGUUCAAGUUGUCACUAUCACCGAGGUCAUCUACCACACGGUGACUGUUGUCGCAUCAAGCGCUCCAGAGUCAUCUGCAUCUGCGUUGCCCCAGAAAGAGGCUCCGCAGGCUCCGCCUGUCGCGCCGCCCACGUCACCGCCUAUCAAUAGCGGAAAUCCCUACCAGCCCCUCGUGCCCAUCGCCAACUCUGCGUCAGUCAAGAACUCAUGCGAUUACCCAGUCUACCUCAAGUCUGAGGGCCAUGAAAGCUGCGACCCUGGUGUUGAGUGCGAGCUCAUCGCACCUAACUCGACCUACACUGAGAAGAUGCGCAGCUGCAAGGAUGGCGGUAUCUCGCUCAAGAUCUCCAAGACCAAGGCCAUGCACAAGCCUAUGCAGUUCGAGUACAGUGUCUGGCCCGACAAGGAGCUCGUCUCGUACGACAUCUCGUAUCUCAACUGCAUGAAGAACCAGAAAGGCGAGAAGGAUCUCAGUGGGUGCGCAGGUCAUGAAGGAGGAAUCCAGGCUGGUGCUGGCGACGAUUCAUGUCCCGACUACCACUGCAAGGCGAACGAGUGGUGCGAUCAGCAGGCCUAUGUGGUCGCUGAGUUCGACUAUAAGCCUGGUGCUCCUGUCGGUGCCUGUGCAGUCGAGAAGGGCAUUGCGUUUGAGCUUUGCGCCGGCAACCAGUAG